CCCAAGGAGCGCUUGGACACUCUGUCCUCAGCCUUCCUCAUCCAGCCACUGCAGACUACUUGUACUAUUCGUACUUGUAAAUGUACAUAAGCAUGAACCAAUAAUACCGAUACUUGACGUUCUCAGAUUACGAGCCGACGACGACAUUAUGCCUCAAUAACACGCGAACGAAGAACUUUAUCAAAAUCAUGAAUAAAAUUGUAGAUUCAAUUAUAAAGAUAACGCAAACGUCAUACAUACAUAGCUAAUUGUAAAGACCCCCAAAAACCGGUUGAGUAAGGUUGUGUUCAUAAAGAUCGCUACACGGACGAAAUUUUUGAACGCAUCGGUUUGGCUAGAACGCCUAGCAUUAGCAUUUACUUGAGUUCGCGCCAGUGGCCAUCUUGUUUUUGUGGAGACCGCACGUUUCGCGUGUUUCUGCGCGGGAAAUACGAACGUGUACUAUUUAGUCGUCACUCAAAUAACUUUAUGUGAAUUGUGCAUUGCAAAAAGCUUACCUAUUACGUAUUUGAAGUGCCAUUUUGUUUCUUUCAUUUGUUGUUUUGCCGACAAAUCGAAAAAAGUGCAUCGAAAACUUCUAACACUAGCAACUUGAUUGUGCGUCAUCAAAAGUGAUUAAAACUUUUUUUUCUUCCAAGUGGUUUUUGUUUAGAAUUUGUUAAAACUUGUGAGUUUUCAUACUGGAUGUUGCGAAUGCUAUGAUCGUCGUCGACUGUUCCACGGAAUCCAGAGAAUGGAGUGAUAAAAUGAGUUAAAAAAACACUAAAAUGAUAAAGGAGAUCGUGAAAGCGAAUCUCCAAAAAAGUGAAAGUGAAACAAAAUCAUGUGAACAACGAACUCACGCUGAAAUACAUCAAUUACGGACUUUCAAACAAAAUGCACGUCAACAAGUCGAUGUAUGCAUGGACGAUGUUCAAACACACACGGUUAAAGUAGACAGGAGAUCCCUAAAAUGUUCAAUACCAAGACUAAUCUCAUUCCUUGUACUUUAUAUGUGUAUUAUAAAUGUGAUAACUAAGUGUGAUGUUAGUGUUAAUAAUAUUAAUGUAAAGCAAUAUCCUUACGGAGGCAGUCAGGAUUUGAUGCCGAAAACGAGGCAUGUUCAUAAUAAUAGAGAAGACAAAGAUUUAUUAUCAAACCUUAGAAAAAAUCGAAAACCCAGAGAAGGAAACGAUGUCGAUGAUACAAAAGAAAGUAAAUACGCCAGUGCGGAAGAUCCAGAAUUAAGUAAAUACCCUUACUACGUUAAACUGUACAAGAACACUACAGCUUUCAACGUAACCGAGGAUCAAUCGAUCGAUCUAUUCAGACUUCACAAUUACAUAUACGACGAUUCUCACGCUAUUGGCCAUCCGCAUAACAUAAUAACGAGUCCGUAUUAUGUGAAGCAGAUUAACUUUAACUUGAUGCAAGAGAGGCACCAGUUUCAUGAAAAAGUGGUGAAAUUGGGUGUGUUGCUUCCCGCUGACCCAGAGCAAGUGUUUUCUUUGGUAAAAGUGUUGCCGAUAUUAGAGAUGGCAAUUCCGGCUGUGACCAAGCCUGAUGGCCCUCUUCCCGGAUGGAAUAUCCUGGUCGACUACAGAGACACACAGUGCUCCUCUGUGUACGGCCCUCUGGCUGCUUUCGAGUUCUACGUCAAUGGAUCUGCUGAUGCUUUCAUCGGGCCUGGUUGUGAAUAUGUGAUAGCACCAGUAGCGAGAUAUGCUGGGCCGUGGAGGAUCCCAGUACUGACGGCCGGGGCGCAGGCUGAACCCUUCUACCACAAAGUCCCAAGCUACACAACCUUGACCAGAAUGAUGGGAAGCUACACACAAGCUGCCGGAGCUAUUAGGAAGAUUUUCGAGGAAUUCAACUGGCGCAAAAUCGGCAUGCUCUACCACAACAACGACCCGGCUGCUGGUCUCGGAAACAGCCCCUGUUUCCUCACCCUCAGCGCUAUAUUUACCAUACUGAAGGAGAAGAACCGGUCCAACAUACCAAACAUACCAUUUGACGAGACCAAGACCAAUUCGACGCGUCUGAAAACGCUGUUGGAGAAACUCACUUUGAGUACGAGAAUCGUGGUGGUGUGCGCGAAUCCGAAGACAGUGAGGAACAUAAUGCUGGCUGCAGACGAUCUCAACAUGGUGUCGUCCGGAGAAUACGUGUUCUUCAAUAUUGAGCUGUUUUCCAAUCUAGCGUCAGCGUCAUCCAAAGAGCCGUGGAAAGUGGAAGGAGAUACCUUCGAGAUGAAUGAGAAAGCGAGACGGGCGUACAGCGCCGUCCUCACCGUCACGAGCCCCGCGCCGGAGAAGGAAGAAUAUCUGGAGUUUUCUGAUCAGGUCAAAGAACUAGCAGCUACAAAAUACAACUACACUUUUGGCAAAGACGAAGUGGUGUCGACGUUUGUUGCGGCGUUCUACGACGCGGUUCUGCUCUAUGCGCUUGCGCUUAACGACACGUUACGCCAGUCUGAUGACCCCAGAGGACCACUAGAUGGCGCUGCUAUCAUUCGGAACAUGUGGAAUCGAACUUUUCAAGGAAUAACUGGAGAAGUAGUUAUGGAUGAAAAUGGGGACAGAGUAGCGUCGUACUCGCUUCUGGACAUGAAUUCCAAAACUAGCCAAUUUGAGGUGGUGGCGACGUACGUGGCGGCCAACUCAUCGCUGCAGUUCGUGGCGGGGCGCCCCAUCCACUGGGCGGGGGGGCGCUCCUCGCCGCCCCCGGACACGCCGGAGUGUGGCUUCGAUGGCUCCCUGUGUCCGGAUAACUCGCUCCCAGUGUACGCGAUCCUCAGCAUGGUGCUGAGCUCCGUGGUGGUGGUGCUCGCCGUGCUGUCCGUGUUCAUAUACAGACACUACAAGCUGGAAGCGGAGAUAGCCAUGAUGACGUGGCGCGUGAGCUGGACGGACGUGCUGCAUCCGGGCGGCGGCGGCCGCUUCCGGGGCAGCAUGCACUCCCUGGCGCGCCGCUACAGCACUGGGACAGCAUAUUCCGACGAAGCCACUUCCCUGGCCGGCGAUCGUCAAGUCUACGCUCCAUGCGGCUUCUACAAAGGCUGUCGAGUCGCCAUAAAGAAGGUCGACAAACAACGCAUAGACCUCACGCGACCACUGCUCCUAGAACUGAAGAAGAUGAAAGAUCUAGAACAUGACCACUUGGCGAGGUUCUACGGGGCCUGUGUAGACCCUCCUCACUGCUGCUUCCUGACUGAGUAUUGCCCGAAAGGCUCACUCCAGGAUAUUCUGGAGAGCGAUACCAUGAAGCUGGACUGGAUGUUCAAAGUCAGUUUGAUGCACGAUAUUGUACGGGGCAUGCACUACUUACAUGGCACGGACCUCAAGUCGCACGGCGCGCUCAAGUCGAGCAACUGCGUCGUGGACUCGCGCUUCGUACUCAAGAUCACCGACUUCGGACUGCACGAGUUGAGGACUCCAGAGAAGGACACACGGGCUCAUAGCUUUUGGACACGUCUCCUCUGGACGGCUCCCGAGCUACUCCGAAUGCCCGAGCCUCCCCCCGAAGGCACACAGAAGGGGGAUGUCUACUCAUUCGGAAUCAUCAUGCACGAGAUCGUCAAUAGACAGGGCGCCUUCUGGUUGGGCCCCGGUAUUGACAUGUCGCCCAAAGACGUGAUAGAAGCGGUGAUAGCCAGCGGUCUCCGUCCCAACACGACACACAACCGCUCUCCCGAGUACGACGAGGCUUCAGAUCUCAUGAGGAAGUGCUGGGCCGAGGACCCGGCGGAGCGGCCCGACUUCGGACAGCUGAAGAGGGCCAUAAGGAGGCUAAAUAAGUCACAGGAGAGCAGCAACAUCCUCGACAAUCUGCUGUCUCGUAUGGAGCAGUACGCGAACAACCUCGAAGCUCUAGUCAGCGAACGAACCCAGGACUAUCUAGAAGAGAAGAAAAAGUGCGAGGAAUUACUGUAUCAGCUGUUACCAAAGUCAGUAGCAUCCCAGCUCAUAAACGGCCAAUCAGUCAUCGCGGAAACCUUCGAACAAGUGACGAUCUACUUCUCGGACAUCGUGGGGUUCACUGCCCUCUCCGCCGCGAGCACUCCCAUGCAAGUUGUGGACUUGCUCAAUGAUCUCUACACGCUGUUUGACUCUAUAUUGGAGCAUUAUGAUGUUUAUAAGGUGGAGACAAUAGGCGACGCCUACAUGGUGGUCUCCGGGCUGCCAGUCCGCAACGGGACCCGACACGCGUGCGAGAUAGCACGGAUGGCGCUGGCUCUUCGCGACGCCGUACGCCGGUUCCGCAUCCGACAUCGUCCGCACGAUCAGCUGAACCUGCGGAUCGGGGUGCACUCAGGUCCGUGCGUCGCCGGGGUGGUCGGUCUCAAGAUGCCACGGUACUGCCUCUUCGGAGACACCGUCAACACGGCGUCUCGCAUGGAGUCCAAUGGGGAAGCCCUGAAGAUCCACCUGUCUCCGACCACCAAGGCUUUGCUGGAUAUCUACGGGACUUUCCUGCUGGAGUGCAGGGGAGAGGUAGCGAUGAAGGGAAAAGGAAGUCUAGUCACAUACUGGUUGUUAGGCGAGCAAGUGGACCCGAACGCGCCCAAAGAGAAACCUUCGCUUACGAAAGCGCAGACGCUGUCCACGGAAAGUGGAUCUCUAUCUCAUCUCACUCCUUUCCGUCAGCGCCUCGACCACGGCUCCAGGUCAUCCAGCAGACGGGGAUCCGGCAUCUUCAACAAUAAAUCAGACUUGAGCAAGCUGGAGAAAGAAGCACAGCCGCUACUCCAAACCCUCAAAAUGCAGAGACAGCAAUCCGACCCAACAGAACCAGUCACCAACGGAUCAGACUUAGGAGACGAAUCAGACAAAAUUAGCCUUUCCAACUCCAUAUCCCUUAAUGUCAACUCUCUGAAUCACAACACAGUGAAUCAGACUGGACAGCCAAAGGUUAAGCUGAAGGAUUUUCAAAUGAACUCCAUAGGAAACCAUAAGCCAAAAGUAGGGAAUAAUAAUUGGAUAUCGAAAUUGCCGACUGCUAGCUCGUUUGAUAACGGCACCAAGAAAGGGAAUGAUGGGUUAAAGGAUUACAGCAGUGUGCCUCUGCUGUCGAAAACUGAAAAACCAAAUGAUUCAGUAGUGUAAUUGUUUAAGGCUGUUUUGCAUUAUCUUUGUAAAUAUUAUGUUGUACUUAAUAAAUGUCUAAUCAAAGAGAGAAUUUUCGAUUCAAUAGCUUAUUACGAAUACUAUACGGAAUGUGUCAAUAUUAUUAUUAGAUUGUAUUAGCGUGUCCUUGACGACAGUCAACUUGGUAGACUGUUAUUAAUAUUAUCGAUGUGGUUACUAUUAGUUAUAUUCAAAAUACAUUCCUAAUUAAUAACAUUGUAUUUAGGUCAAAAUACGAAUAAUAUAUUUUCUGACGUUUUUAGGAUGAAUGUAUUAGGUAUUUUUGUCUUUUCUAAUGGACUUUAAAACUUAAUGAAUCAAACUAAAUGUUGCAUACGUAGGUACUUAGUUUUUUUAUUGUUCACAAAUUUAUACAGGAUGGAUAAUAAACUGUGCUCAACCACACAACAAAAGAGUAACUUUUUUCUAUGCCGUGUGUGAUAACUCACGCAGUCGUAACUUUAUUAUGAGUUUUGUAAAUAAUUAUCAAUGAAAUAAAUUAAAUUUGUUCAGAUCUAACUUAUUCCGGUGUAUCAUGUUGAGAAACUCCAUCCUGUAUUAAAAAAUGUGGUAGAACUUCAAUGAUGAGAGACUAGUUGUAAAUACUUAACUAACUAUUUUUAAUUCUUAUUUCGUGUAAAUAAAUACUUAUCUACUACCUACUUCGGAAUUCAUUGUAACAUUGUUGUGAUCUUAGCGAAAGGUAUUAUACUAAAUGUGUAUUUAUAAAAUAAUAAUUGUAAUAAAUCGUGAAUGAAGGUGUUUGACUUGCACAUAAAUGUUUGAAAAACGUUAUAGCCAAUAAAAAGAGUGAGAAGUAA